AUGCCCAACAGCAGCUCCAUAUCCCAGUUCCUGCUCCUGGCAUUUGCAGACAGGCGGGAGCUGCAGCUGCUGCACUUCUGGCUCUUCCUGGGCAUCUCCCUGGGCAACGGCCUCAUCCUCAGCGCCGUAGCCUGCGACCAGCACCUGCACACCCCCAGGGACUUCUUCCUGCUGCACCUCUCCCUCACAGACCUGGGCUGCAUCUGCACCACUGUGCCCAAAGCCAUGCACAACUCCCUCUGGGGCACCACAACCAUCUCCUUCACAGGAUGUGCUGCUCAGGUCUUUUUCCUUUUCUUCUUUCUUGGGACAGAGUUUUCCUUCCUCACUAUCAUGUGUUACAACCGCUAUGUUGCCAUCUGCAAACCCCUGCACUACGGGACCCUCCUGGGCAGCAGAGCUUGUGCCCACAUGGCAGCAGCUGCCUGGGCCUCUGGGUUUCUCAAUGCUCUGCUGCACACAGCCAAUACAUUUUCCCUGCCCCUGUGCCAGGGCAAUGCCCUGGGCCAGUUCUUCUGUGAAAUCCCUCAGAUCCUCAAGCUCUCCUGCUCACACUCAGGCUACCUGAGAGAACUGGGACUUCUUGGGGCUAGUGCCUGUUUAGCAUUUGGCUGCUUUGUUUUCAUAGUUUUCUCCUAUGUGCAGAUCUUCAGGGCUGUGCUGAGGAUACCCUCUAAGCAGGGACAGCACAAAGCCUUUUCCACGUGCCUCCCUCACCUGGCUGUGGUCUCCCUGUUUGUCAGCACUGGCACAUUUGCCUACCUGAAGCCCCCCUCCAUCUCCUCCCCAUCCCUGGAUCUGGCCCUGUCAGUUCUGUACUCGGUGAUGCCUCCAGCCCUGAACCCCCUCAUCUGCAGCCUGAGGAACCAGGAGCUCAAGGAUGCCAUAAGGAAAAUGAUGACUAGAUGCUUUGCAGAAGAAAUAAAAGUGCCUGUGUUCUUGUGUGUAUCAUUCAGAAGGGGAGUCCUUAAUGUACAAGCAUUCCUGCUCAAGUUUUUGCGGGGGUCAUGA